CCUCAAGCUCGCAGAGCGUGGAUGGGGCUUGUGGAGCCAGGAGCUUGUCUCUGCAAGUUCUGAAGUGGAGAGCAUUGCUACUAACUUAAUGGCCCAUACAAGUUUCAAUGGGGAGCAUGUCCAUGGAGCUCCUCAUGCUGUCAUACCAGAAGUGGAAUUCCCUGAUCAAUUCUUUACAGUUCUAACCAUGGACCAUGAAUUGGUGACAUUCAGGGAUGUGGUCAUCAGCUUCUCUCAGGAGGAAUGGGAGUAUCUGGAUUCUGCUCAGAGGGACUUGUACUGGGAUGUGAUGAUGGAAAAUUACAGCAACUUGGUCUCACUGGACUUGGAAUCCAAGUAUGACAAAAAGACUUUAUUUACAGAGAAGGACAUUAUUGAAAAAAAUGAUUCUCAGUGGGAAGUAAUAGAAAGUAGUAAAUUAGUUGGCCUUGAGAACUCCAUUGUCAGAAAUGAUUGGCAAAGCAAAAGGAAGAUUGAAGUACAAAGACCUGAAGUGGGAUAUUUCAGUCAAAUGAAAAUCAUCUCUGAAAAAGUGCCCAAUUAUGAAAAUCAUAAAUCUCUUAUAUUACAUCAGAGAAUUCAUGAUAGUGAGAAGCCCUGUAAGGAAUAUGGGAAGGUCCUUAGUUGUGACUUAAACUUUGAUGAAUAUGAGAAAAUAUAUACUGGUGAGAAAACCUCUGAAUGUAGUAGAUAUUGGAAAACCUUUGGAAUAGAUGACCCACAUACCCUACAACUGAAUAUUCAUACUGGUGUGAAACCUUGUAAAUGUAUGGAAUGUGGGAAUGCAUUUAGUUUUUAUGAAGACAGUAGUGUACACUGUGAUGAUCAGAAGUGCUAUAAAUGUAAGCAAUAUGGAAGGAUUUUUAGAAGGAUUGAAAAAAUCACUCCACUUCAAAGAAUUCAUGAUGGUGAGAAACCCUAUGAAUGCACUUUCUGUAGGAAAUCAUUUAGAGUGCAUGCACAACUUACUAGACAUCGGAAAAUCCAUACUGAUGAGAAACCUUACAAAUGUAUGGAAUGUGGCAAGGACUUUAGAUUUCAUUCACAACUAACUGAACAUCAGAGAAUUCAUACUGGUGAGAAGCCAUACAAAUGUGUUCAAUGUGAGAAGGUCUUUAGAAUUAGUUCACAGCUUAUUGAACAUCAGAGAAUUCAUACUGGUGAGAAACCUUAUGCAUGUAAAGAAUGUGGGAAGACUUUUGGGGUCUGUCGUGAACUUGCUCGACAUCAGAGAAUUCAUAGUGGUAAGAAACCCUAUGAAUGCAAAGCAUGUGGAAAGGUCUUUAGAAACAGUUCAUCUCUGACUAGACAUCAGAGAAUUCAUACUGGUGAGAAACCAUAUAAAUGUAAGGAAUGUGGGAAAGCUUUUGGAGUAGGUAGUGAACUUACGCGACAUCAGAGAAUUCACAGUGGUCAGAAACCUUAUGAAUGUAAAGCGUGUGGAAAGUUCUUUAGACUUACUUCAGCCCUUAUUCAACAUCAGAGAAUUCAUAGUGGUGAGAAACCUUAUGAAUGUAAGGUAUGUGAGAAGGCCUUUAGACACAGUUCAGCCCUUACUGAACAUCAGAGAAUUCAUACUGGAGAGAAACCUUAUGAAUGCAAGGCAUGUGGGAAGGCCUUUAGACAUAGUUCAUCCUUUACAAAACAUCAGAGAAUUCAUAAUAGUAAGAAACCCUGUGAAUGUAAGGAAUGUGGGAAUGCCUUUAGACCUGAAUCAGAUCUCCUUCAGCAUGAUCAAAUUCAUGCUGGACAGAAACCUUACGAAUGUAAUGAAUGUGGAAAAAUAUUUAGCCUGAAGCAAAACCUCAUAGAGCAUAAGAAAAUGCAUACUGGAGAGAAAUCACAUGAAUGUAAUGAAUGUGGUAAAGAAUUCUCUCGAGUCUCAUCCCUUACUCUACAUUUGAGAAGUCAUACAGGAAAGAAACCAUAUAAUUGUAAUAAAUGUGGAAAAGCCUUCAGCCAGAAGGGAAACUUGCUUACUCAUCAAAAAAAUCAUAUUGGAAACAAACCCUAUGUAUGUAAGGAAUGUGGCAAAGCCUUCAAUGGCAAAUCAUAUCUCUCUGAGCAUGAGAAAAUUCAUACAGGAGAGAAACCAUUUGAAUGUAAUCAAUGUGGAAGAGCCUUCAGUCAGAAGCAAUACCUCGUUAAACAUCAGAAUAUCCAUAGUGGAAAGAAACCCUUUAAAUGUAAUGAGUGUGGAAAAGCCUUUAGCCAGAAGGAAAACCUCAUUAUCCAUCAAAGAAUUCAUACUGGCGAGAAACCUUAUGAAUGUAAAGGGUGUGGGAAAGCUUUCAUUCAGAAGUCAAGCCUCAUUAGACACCAGAGAAGUCAUACAGGAGAGAAACCUUAUAUAUGUAAGGAAUGUGGAAAAGCCUUCAGUGGGAAAUCAAACCUCACUGAGCAUGAGAAAAUUCAUAUUGGAGAGAAACCCUAUAAAUGUAAUGAAUGUGGAACAAUCUUUAGGCAGAAGCAGUACCUCAUUAAACAUCACAAUAUUCAUACAGGAGAGAAACCCUAUGAAUGUAAUAAAUGUGGAAAAGCCUUCUCUCGAAUCACAUCUCUCAUUGUACAUGUGAGAAUUCAUACAGGUGAUAAGCCUUAUGAAUGUAAAAUAUGUGGGAAAGCCUUCUGUCAAAGCUCAUCUCUUACUGUGCAUAUGAGAAGCCAUACAGGUGAGAAGCCCUAUGGUUGUAAUGAAUGUGGGAAAGCCUUCUCUCAGUUCUCAACUCUUGCUCUGCAUAUGAGAAUCCACACUGGAGAAAAACCUUAUCAGUGUAAUGAAUGUGGGAAAGCUUUUAGCCAGAAGUCACAUCAUAUUAGACACCAGAGAAUUCAUACUCAUUAAAACUCUAUAAACGCCUUGAAUUUGGAAACAACUUCAAGAGAAUUCAUAUUAAACAGUAUAUCAGAAAAUUCAUUUUACAGUAAAGUCACAUGAAUGUGGAAAAUCCUUCAGCAACAGCUCAAAAUGCAAUAUACUGAGAAUUUAAUAACUAUCACAGUAUCAUGAAAACCUACACCCCCAAGACCCCCACAACAAACAUUGUUCCUGCUGUACUUUUAGGAGCAUUCUCAUUAAAGUAAGGAUCCAGUCAUGGACACUAAUCAACAUAGUUCUGGAAGGCCUACCUGAUGCAUUCAGACAAAGAUAUGUGAGAUGGGUUGCCAGUUAUACAAGCACAAUUUGUUAAAAUAAUCCAGCAGCCAGUUUAGCAGCAAGUCACACAGCUCUGACACCUUCAUGUCCACCAGAAGCAAUCAUAGAUUUGAACUAGCAAUCAAAAAAAGAGAGAGGGAGAGCAGAAUAAGCUUUAACCUAGCAUUAGGUUUAUUAUUAGAUUUGUCCUGACAAGAAAAUGUCUUCACAGCAUGUUCACCAGACAGUCCCUGCAACUACCCAAGCAAGCACAGCUUCCACUGCUUCAGCACUGCACAGAGGAGAAAAGAUCAAAAUGGGCGUGGUUCACCUCAGCACUGGGAAAUAUUUAACAUUCUCAUCCAGCACAUUUUAUAAUAAUCAACCAGGGCAUCUGCAUGGUGUGCCACCAUCACAUGGGGCACACUCACUUGUAACAAUGAUAAUCAUUUAAGCACAGAGAAGCCACUGCUUUGGUUUCCCAAGACUUGUGAUGCCUUAGUUAUAUAGGCUGUCAAUGUCUACAUGCCAGUUAACAGUUCACCCCAUCCAGAUACAGGCUAUAGGUGAGAGAUUUACAGUGGUAUUUUCUUCAAGGAAACUGUGGUAGAAAGGCAAAUCUAAAGUCAUCUUUCCAGAGAUGAAUCAGUGGGAAAGACCUGUUCUUAAUUCUUUACUGAUACCACACUUUUCCUACUCAACUAAAACUUUGCUAUGUAAUCCUUUAACCAUAUGAUCUUUUCUUCAACUUAAACUGCCUUAUAUUUUGAUUUAUACCAAGACCUAUUUCUAUAUUCUC